AUGCGAAAGCGAAGGUCAUUAGUAAAUAAAGUCAGUGUGUGCUACGCUGAGUUCGGGGUGCGGGUGCCCAACACAUCGGGAGGAGCCUACAUGUACAGCUACGUUACCGUUGGGGAGCUCAUGGCCUUCAUCAUUGGCUGGAACAUGAUACUUGAGGAGCUCAUCGGCACCUCCGCCUGCGCCUGUGCCCUCAGUGCCUGUUUCGACGCCAUCGCCAACGGGGCCAUCUCCUCCAGCAUGGAGAGCAACUUCGGCACACUGUUCGGUGGACCGCCGGACCUGUUAGCCUUCGUGCUGACUCUGAUGAUGGGAGGAGUGCUGGUGGCUGGGGUGCGCAAAUCCGUGCAGUUCAACAACACACUCAACUUGAUCAACUUCUGUGUGUGGGUGUUCAUCAUGGUGGCCGGUCUCUUCUACGUCGACACCACCAACUGGAGUGAACACGGCGGCUUUACACCUUUUGGGUGGUCUGGGGCAUUUUUGUCCGGUAAAGAGUAA